GUGUUUGUAAAAGGGGGAGGGGGGACAGUCAUGGUGGGCCAGCAGGAACCCCCCUGAAAGACCCCCAACUCUCAACCCCCCCACGUUCUCUCGCAGCCGGGCUGCUGAAAGGCAGCUCAACCAAACGCAAGCGUGAGAGACACAGAGAGAGCGAGAGACUCGACCGGGCAGCACACUCCGUCUCGGAGAGAGAGAAAGCAGAAAGUAAGGGAAGUGGAGCAGGGAGCCUCGGAGGGGGGUUGAGGAGGUGCGCGAAGGGUGUAAAGCAAGAGAGGUGAGGGAGAGGGAAAGACAAAAGAGAGGGAAAACCAGAGUGGAGGGAGACCAGAGGGAAAUGGCUUCGGAGGAGACCGCUGGAGGAGCUCGCAAAGCCACCAAGAGCAAACUAUUUGAGUUCCUCGUCCAUGGAGUGCGGCCCGGUAUGCCAUCAGGAGCACGAAUGCCUCAUCAGGGGGCCCCAAUGGGGCCUCCAGGACCACCAUUUGGAGGAAGUCCUGCUGUCCGGCCCGGACUCACCAAUCAAGCCAUGGAAGCCAGUCGUAAACGGCCCGCUCCUUCACAGCAGCAGAUUCAACAGCAGCAGUCUGUACAGAAUCGAAACAGGAAUGCCAAGAGGAGGAAGAUGGCUGAUAAGAUCCUUCCACAAAGGAUUCGUGAGCUUGUUCCGGAGUCACAGGCGUAUAUGGAUCUGUUGGCAUUCGAGCGCAAAUUAGACCAGACCAUAAUGCGCAAACGGGUGGACAUCCAAGAGGCACUUAAGAGACCCAUGAAGCAAAAGCGAAAACUGCGUCUCUACAUCUCCAACACGUUUAACCCUGCCAAGCCUGAUGCAGAGGACUCUGAAGGAAGCAUUGCAUGCUGGGAGCUACGUGUGGAGGGCAAACUGCUGGAUGAUCCGGGAAAGAUGAAGAGGAAGUUCUCCUCAUUCUUCAAGAGUCUGGUGAUUGAGCUUGACAAAGACCUUUACGGCCCUGAUAACCAUUUGGUUGAGUGGCAUCGUACCCCAACCACUCAGGAGACAGACGGUUUCCAGGUGAAGAGGCCUGGAGAUGUGAACGUGCGCUGCACCCUGCUGUUAAUGCUGGAUUACCAGCCGCCUCAGUUUAAACUGGAUCCGCGUCUGGCUCGUCUGCUGGGAAUACACACACAGACUCGCUCCAGUAUCAUCCAGGCUCUCUGGCAGUAUGUCAAAACCAACAAACUGCAGGACUCACAUGACAAGGAGUACAUCAACUGUGACAAGUACUUCCAACAGAUCUUUGACGGUCCACGUCUGAAGUUCUCUGAAAUUCCACAGCGCCUCACCAACCUUUUGCUCCCCCCCGACCCUAUUGUCAUCAAUCACAUCAUUAGCGUCGACGCUAAUGAUCAGAAAAAGACGGCAUGCUAUGACAUUGAUGUAGAGGUGGAAGAUCCCCUUAAAGCACAAAUGAGCAGCUUCUUGCUCUCCACAGCCAAUCAGCAAGAGAUUGCCUCUCUGGACAACAAGAUCCACGAGACUAUUGAGUCCAUCAAUCAGCUGAAGAUCCAGAGAGAUUUCAUGCUCAGCUUCUCCAGAGAUCCCAAAGGCUACAUCCAGGACUGGCUCAAAUCCCAGAGCAGAGAUCUGAAGCUGAUGACAGAUGUUGUUGGGAACCCAGAGGAAGAGAGGAGAGCAGAGUUUUAUCAUCAGCCUUGGUCUCAGGAGGCUGUUAGCCGUUACUUCUACUGCAAGAUUCAGCAGAGGAGGCAGGAGCUGGAGCAGGCCUUGGCCUUGAGGAACACCUAGAACUCACACCGACCACAUUCAGAAAACAUGGCUCAUUUGUGACAACACUGCCUCCUCAUGGAGAUCCCUGCAUUCUUUUACGCAGUGUAUGGGGGUUUGUGUGCGUGUCCAGUUAUCGUUGUUGUCACUGUGACCUACAAUCCACCAUAAUGGACCAAUCACACCCUGUUACUCCUGCAGCCCCAUUGUAUAGUAUGUGCAUUUCAACCAAUUCAGCCAUUCCUGGUUGAAAUCAUCUCACAAUGCACUAUUUGGAUUUCUGGGUUUGAAUACCAAUCACAUCCACCAACAUUUUGAACUUGAUGACAUCAGAGCCGGCUCAGUCUCCUAGACUGGAUCCAACGUUGAUUCAGUUGUGAUUCAGCCUUUCUUCCUGUCAGUCAUCAAUUCCUGGCAUUCACACACAUUUUCCCUAUGAUGAACGUGUGUUUGGACACCGGUAUUGAUGAUGUGUCUAAUUUAGUCCACACUUGUUCCAGUUUUGUUUUGGGGUAUUGAUCAAAAAGGUAAUUUUGUAUGUCUGUCAGUGUUGGGAAUCAGUGGAGCUACAAUAAUCGUCUCCAUUAUUAACACUUUUAUUCAGAAGUGCAUUUAUGAAGUACUUUGAGGGAGGCAGCUUAAAAAGGAGAAUCAUUCAGUAUUAACUGAGCUGGUGGCUUACUGGGUAUGUCACUCUCUACUGUCUGUCCCUGCCACAAUAAUGACAUUUAGCUGCGUUUUAAGUAAAUAGUGUACUGAUUGAAGGAGGUUUUAAAGUAUUUAAAAGCUAUUCUGACAUAUAAAGACAAAACAGUAACUACACCCACACUCAAGUGUUUGAGUUUUUUUUAACGUUUUGAUAAAUUUUCACACUUUUUUUUUUAUUAUUGAAUUCUGUGUAGUUGCUGCGUUUUGCCUUUGUAGGACAGUACUGACAUAGUCAUUAGUCCACAGUUUUUGAGAAGUUUUCACAUAUACAAAGAAAAUGGGCCAUACCAGCAUGCUGGUAUAAUGUAAUCCGCUUAUGUCAUGGCUUAUCAAAUACCGUGUCUGGGUCCAAGCCUCCAUUUCAAAUAAGAAUACAAUCUCAGUUGCCGUUUAUGAGCACUGGACGUUAAUGGUACACCUUUAAGCUAAGCUUCCAGUGUACACUACAAUCUGGGCUCACGGUGUCCUAGUCACCAAAAUUUUAACCAGUCAGAAAAGAUGAAUCACUGUCUAGUUAACUGAGAUUUCAGUAUGAACUUAAAGGUUAGGAUCAUGAUUUUUUUUAGUAGUACUAUAGCGCACCGCAAGUGUAUAUUAGCACCAUUUGUUGUUUGUUUUUGGGAUCUGAGUAACGUCAGACUAGAAAGAUCAUCAGCCAGCUAGAUAAAAGUGAAUAUUCUGUAAAAUCUUGUCUUUUCACAGACAUUUCUUUAUGCUUCACCAAAACACCUUUUUUGUGCACCUGGCAUUACCAUGUUCUUGUAGAAGUUCCUUUGAAUCCUGAAUUAUUUUUUAUCCAUUUCAAUAGUGUUGUUUAAAAUAACAUACUAUGGGCAUUUGUGUAUGUCACUAAUGUCUAGGGAUUUUAUAGCAUUAGUGUUGUUUAAUGUUUUACCAAAGGUGUAAUUUACUUUUUAAAAAGACAGUGUACAGACUUUGACUAGAUGAAGGACUUUUUAAAAGAUGAAGGAUACAUUUUUAGAGAAUACACAUUUCAAAUUCUCAUUUCUCCAUAGCUGUGAAAACAGUGCUUUUAAAAAUGACUUUGACUCAUAUUCUUUGCACUAAAUCAUGGAUCAUAACUGAGCGCUCUGAACGCUUUCCAUGCUAAUUAUACGUCACCUAAACAAAAAAGUCGAGAAAUUAAAUAUGAACUCGGGAAUAAAUGUCACAUGACUUCUCAUUGGUUCUGGGUUUUGAUCGUGAACCCUUUGCUGCUGCUUUACUGUCGGCUGUAGGAGGGUUUGUGUUCUUGCAGUUUGCCUGUGAUCCUCACGCAUCUUCUCGUGAGGAAAAAGGAACUCUGGUGACCUGUGUGUUGUCCCUCAGAGUGUUUUUUCAGACCUAUGCAUGCUGCAUGGACACAUUUUUAUACUUUCAUACAAGGACAUGAGAAACCUUCUGACUGCUUGGGACUUGGAUCAGAAGAGCACUGAGUUUCUUUAGUUAGUGACCCUCUGUGUCUGGGUCACAGCCUCUACAUACAGUACCAACAUGUACAGCAGGGGCCAUUUUAGGUCAUAUUAUUUUUUGUUUUGUCUUUUAAAAAGACUUUGCAAUUUAAUAUGGAUAAGAGAAGCACACCAAUGAUUUUUACAGAGCCUGUUGGGCAACAACAGCACCUCCCAUCGAUUCUUGUGGGUACUACAUGUAUAGUCAGCCAUUUUGAACAUUAUAAACUUGAAGUAUAACAUCUAACUGUGUUGCUGUGUUAGUGGCUGAACAAGGUUUUCUGUUCUCAUGUGUAAAGUAACCUCUUCUCUUAAGCCACCAACUGUGCUUUACCUGACCAUCAUGUGGUCACGGGUUCAAUGUUACCAUCUCUCUUGCUUAUAGUCGUAGUGUGGAUCAUGCUGCCCUCCAGUGCUUCUGUAAGGGAAAAUAUCUAGUAAGUUUUAAUGAUCCACUAUGUAUUUUUUUCUCUCUCUCACAGUCUGUAUAUGUUUGCUUUCUCAUCUUGUUCCACUGUUCAGCUAGAGAGAUCAAAACUACAGACAUACAUGUGUAGCAUAGUGAGGAUGUAAAUAAACAAGCGCUUGCCAAA